AUCAGAGCUUCACUCCAGGAACAAGCUCUGCGGGUCUGGACAUCAUGUCUAUGCGCUUUUCUUCUGCAUCCAGACGGCUUGGCUCCAGCGGGGGAGCGGGUUUUGGGGCUGGAAAUGCAUGUGGUGUGCCGGGCAUUGGAAGUGGCUUCUCUUGCGCUUUUGGGGGCAGCUCAUCUGCAGGAGGCUAUGGCGGGGGGCUGGGUGGAGGAAGUGCUUCUUGCGCUGCCUUCACCGGGAAUGAACACGGCCUCCUGUCGGGCAACGAGAAGGUGACCAUGCAGAACCUGAACGACCGCUUGGCCUCCUACCUGGAAAAUGUGCGAGCACUAGAGGAGGCCAACGCUGACCUGGAGCAGAAGAUCAAGGGCUGGUACGAGAAAUUCGGGCCUGGUUCUUGCCGUGGUCUUGAUCAUGAUUACAGCAGAUACUUCCCAAUAAUUGAUGACCUUAGGAACCAGAUCAUUUCUGCAACUACCAGCAAUGCCAAUGUUAUCCUGCAAAAUGAUAAUGCAAGACUAACAGCUGAUGACUUCAGGCUAAAGUUUGAAAAUGAACAGGCCCUUCACCAGAGCGUUGAUGCGGAUGUCAGCGGUUUGCGCAGGGUCCUGGACGAGCUGACUCUGUGCAGAACCGACCUAGAGAUCCAGCUGGAAACCCUGAGCGAGGAGCUGGCUUACCUCAAGAAGAAUCAUGAGGAGGAAAUGAAGGCGCUGCAGUGCGCGGCCGGAGGGAACGUGAACGUGGAGAUGAACGCGGCGCCCGGGGUGGACCUCACGGUCCUGCUGAACAACAUGCGGGCGGAGUACGAAGCCCUGGCCGAGCAGAACCGCAGGGACGCGGAGGCCUGGUUCAACGAGAAGAGCGCCUCCCUGCAGCAGCAGAUCUCCGACGACGCUGGUGCCACCACCUCUGCUCGGAAUGAGCUAACCGAGAUGAAACGUACUCUUCAAACCCUGGAGAUCGAACUCCAGUCCCUCUUGGCAAUGAAACACUCCCUGGAGUGCUCCCUGACCGAGACCGAAGGCAACUACUGUGCGCAGCUUGCCCAGAUCCAGGCUCAGAUCGGGGCCCUGGAGGAGCAGCUGCACCAGGUCAGAACCGAGACGGAGGGCCAGAAGCUGGAGUACGAGCAGCUCCUCGACAUCAAGGUCCACCUGGAAAAGGAAAUUGAGACCUACUGCCGCCUGAUUGAUGGAGAGGAUAGCUCUUGUGUUAAAUCAAAAGGCUACGGAGGACCAGGGAAUCAGAUAAAAGAGUCCUCUAAAACCACCAUGGUGAAAACAAUUGUUGAAGAAAUCGAUCCUCGUGGCAAAGUUCUCUCCUCCAGAGUUCACACUGUGGAAGAGAAAUCCACCAAAGCCAACAACGUGAAGAGUGAACAGAGGGUGCCUUCCUGAACUCCAGAAGAAGAGCCCCUAAAUUAAAAUACGAAACUGAAGCUAGGUUCCUGAAUAAAAUCUCCCUUAGUUUUUUGCUUUUCUUCCGAUGAAUUAAGACAAGCUAUUUGUCAAAUGGUAACAUUUCUUUGGCUUUCUCUAUGGUGGCAUGUCAAUAAAAGUUCUUCCUGUUGCAAGUCA